UGCCUUCGCCCUUCAAAAUUUGUUCCUAUCAUGGAACAAUAGAAAAGCCUACGACUACAAAUUCUAUGCUGUCCAUGGCCACCUUUUCCCUAUCAGCACUUCAUGUUUAUUUGGCACCUUUUCUUUCCCCUGAAAGUAAUAAGCCGCAUUAAUUGCACCAUGACUCCUUAUGCGCCCUAUUCCUAUGUACACGUUGCUCCUCUGUUCGCUUGGCUGUUCGUUAAGGUCUGCCGCCGUAGUUGGCGCGAAGUUUCCAUCAUUCAUUAUUCCAAUUAAGCAUUUCUAUCCUUGUUUGUUAUUAUCACCUUGCCUCCUUUUUUGCUCAGAUAGAAGGAGUCUCUUCCUUGUAAAUUCAACAUCAAACAUCAACCCCCUUUGCUCUUCUCCGUGUUGUGGAGAGCAAGGUAAAAAAAAUACCACUAUUCUUUUUACUUGCCCAGAUCUUUUUUUUUUUUUUUUUUUUUCCCGCAUGCUUGGGCGGUGAACUUUCCGUAUACAGUGUAUGCUUUAUUUGAUUGACUGAUCUCCUCAUUUACCAUUCCGCUCGUGAUCCAAUCCUUUAUGAAUGGCUCCUUUCUUCUGAA